UGUGUGCCUGUACGCCCGCCCAAGGAGCUCACAGGGCAAAAGAGGGCUGGGCUUGGCAGAAACUCCACUUCCUUUUGGCCCAUGGGUGCUUCUGUGGGAGAUGGAGACAAGGGCUCGUGAUCAGCAACCAGUGGUGGCCUGUGGGCCCUAAGUCACUCAGAGGACAGGGAGGCCCACUCUUCUCCCUGCUGCUAGCUUCCAGGAGGAUGAGAGAGCCGGAGGCUCACAGCACGCACAGGAGGAUGGCUGCCUUUUACCAGUGCAUCAGGCCUGACCCCAGGGAGCUCGACAUGAUUUCUACAAGGGUGAUGGACAUUAAGCUUCGGGAGGCUGCAGAAGGCCUUGGGGAGGACAGUACAGGAAAGAAAAAAUCUAAAUUCAAAACUUUUAAGAAGUUUUUUGGGAAGAAGAAGAGAAAAGAAUCACCGUCGUCCACAGGAAGUAGCACCUGGAAACAAAGUCAGACAAGGAAUGAGGUCAUUGCCAUCGAGUCCGGACCAGUGGGCUACGACUCCGAGGAUGAGCUGGAGGAGUCGAGGAGCACGAUGGGCAGCCGGGCCCUGUCUCAUGACAGUAUUUUCAUUCCUGAGUCCGGACAGGACCCCACUCGGCCUGUGCGGGUGUUUUCCCAAGAAAAUGUGUGUGAUCGGAUUAAAGCUCUGCAGUUAAAAAUACAGUGUAAUGUGAAAAUGGGACCACCACCUCCUCCAGGGGGACUUCCUGCCAAGCGGGGAGAGGACGCCGGCAUGAGCUCUGAGGACGACGGGCUGCCCAGGAGCCCCCCAGAGAUGUCCCUGCUGCACGACGUGGGUCCUGGCACAACUAUAAAGGUCUCUGUCGUGUCUCCAGACCAUGUGAGUGACAGCACUGUCUCCGUCCGGACCUCGGACAGCAGCCUGGCACCAGUGGCUGACUUCAGUUACCCUCCAGAAUCCUCCUCCUGCCUGGACAACUCUGCAGCUAAGCACAAGCUCCAGGUCAAGCCCCGCAACCAGCGGUCAAGUAAAAUGAGGCGGCUCUCAUCGCGCGCUCAGUCUGAAUCCCUGAGCGACUUGACGUGCACCCCUGAGGAGGAGGAAAACGAGGAGAAGCCACUGCUGGAAGUCAGUCCAGAAGAGAGCCCCAGCUCUGGGCAGCAGGACGUGGCUCCAGACAGAGGCCCUGAGCCUAGGCCGCCAGCGCCCUUGCCGCCAACCGGAGGGACCCGUGCCAGACGCGCCCGCCUGCAGCACUGCCCGGCGCUCAGGGCCAGCGUGGAGGAGGAGGGCACCCCUGGGGAGGACCCCUCAAGUCGCCUGGACACCCCGGAACUCGCCGAGCUCCAGUCGACCCCCACUCUCCGCGUGGAGCCCCCGUCCCCGCCAGCGGGCCCCCAGCACCUCGGUCCCAACGACGGAAAGCAGGAGGGGGCGGCUCCCGCAGGGCCGUGUGCCCCAGCCACAGACCCCGCAGAGGAGGUGGUCUGCGCUCCUGAAAACGUCCGGAGCUCCUCUCCCACCGCCAUCCCCGAGGGGGACCCGAAGCCCCCAGAGACUGUCCCCGCCGCCACCUCGGAGGCGCCCUCUGCUCCCGACGACUGGCCAGACCACAGUGUCCCGCAGGAAUCGGAGCCGAAGGCCCCAGUGCCUCCCGACGAGGAGAAGGGGCCCCCGGGGCCGGUGCCCGAGCCCGAGAGAGCAGGAACUGAGCACGAGAGAGCAGGAACUGAGCACGAGAGAGCGGGGACCGAACCCGAGAGAGCGGGGACCGAACCCGAGAGAGCUGGGAACGAGCCGGCGAGAGCAGCAGGGACGGAGCCCGAGAGAGCGGGGACCGAACCCGAGAGAGCGGGGACCGAGCCAGAGAGAGCGGGGACCGAACCCGAGACAGCGUGGAACGAACCCGCGAGAGCGGGGACCGAGCCCGAGAAAGCGGGGAACGAGCCCAGGAGACUGGGGAACGGGCCCUCCGCGGCGCCCGCCCCGAGCCCCCCAAUGCCCAAGAGCUGCCUGAAGCACCGGCCCACGGCGGCCAUCGAGGGCCCUGCCGCAUCCCCGCCGCCUGCCGCCACGAAGUCGCCCCCGGGGGAACCCGGUCCCUGUUCCUCCAACGCAGAGGCCGCCGCCCCGGAGCGCCCCAAGGCCGAGCGGGCCGAGGCGGCGCCGGAGCGGAAGGCGGAGAGGGGCGGCGGGGAGCUGCGGGGCGCGAAGAAGUUCUCGGUGUCCUCGUGCCGAGCGCGGCCUCGCCCCGGCGCCGCCCGCCCGUUGGAACGCGCCGGCGGCCGCCUGCCCCUCUCGAGCAGCCGCCCGGCCUGGAGGAGCGAGGCGGCCCUCGACGACCUGCAGGGGCUCCCCGAGCCCCAGCACGCGAAAGCCGGCCCUCGGAAGCCCGCGGAGUGCGGCCCUCAGGACUCGGGCGACAGGGCGGCCACCCCGGCCGGGCCUCGCAGGAGCCCCCAGGAGGUGGCCGCCUCGCCCGGGACAAGACAGCCCUGCCCCGCGGCCCAGGAGCUGGCUCCGAGCGAGGACAGAAACCCCUUCCCCGUCAAGCUUCGGUCCACCUCCCUCUCGCUCAAAUACAGGGACGGGGCCUCCCAGGAGGGGAAGGGUGUGAAGAGGUCCAGUGCCGAGGUCCGCCUUGAAAGGUCCCUGACCGUACUCCCGAAGGAGGAAAAGUGUCCUCUCGGGACGGCCCCCGCCCUUCGAGGCGCCAGGGCCCCCAGCGACCAAGGAAAGGGGAAGGCCCGGUCCCCGGAGCCGCUCAGCUCUAAGCCGCCCCUGCCCCGGAAGCCGCUUCUGCAGAGCUUCACGCUCCCGCCGGCGCCCGCGCCCCCCGACACCAGCCCAGGAGAGCGGGACCCCAGAAAGGAGCCAAGGACGGUGGAGAAAAGGCCGCUGCGCAGGGGAGCUGAAAAGAGUCUGCUGCCUGCAGCAACAGGGCCUGGAGCCGAUGGGCAGCCCGCACCACCCUGGAUCACCGUCACUCGGCAGAAGCGGCGAGGAGCUUUGGACCAGCCAACCAACCAGGAAGACAAGCCUGGGGCACGGACCGGGAAGUCUGAGCUGGGAAAGCAAGCCAAGGUGCCCGAGAGAGCCCAGGAGCCCGUGAAGCAAGCUGACUUUGUCCGCAGCAAGUCUUUCCUGGUAACCCCUGUGAAGCCCGCUGUGGACCGGAAGCAGGGGACGAAGCUCAACCUCAAGGAGGGGCUGCAAAGAGGAAUCUCAUUGUCCCAUCAGAACUUGGCAGCUCAGUCUGCAGUGAUGACGGAGAAGGAAUUGCAUCAGCUGAAGAGAGCCAGUUAUGCCAGUACAGAUCAGCCAUCCUGGAUGGAACUUGCCAGAAAGAAAUCUCAAGCUUGGAGUGACAUGCCCCAGAUCAUAAAAUAGGUGGGCAGUGUGCUGAUAAAUUAUGUCCACUACCUUGACAAGCCACUUAGUUAAAAACUGCCAGUAUAUCAUGGCAAACAAACUGUGAAACUUAAAGAUUGAUUUUAUCAUCAAGUUAUGACGAGCUCGGGGAAGAGGAAGGAACCAGGCAAAACAAAGAAGAUAAACACACAGCCAUACUCCUGGGCCAGAGGGCCCAGAAACAAGAACAACAUUGGAAAAGUCCAGGAACCAGUUCCUGUGCCCAAAGGUACGAAUGUGUCUUUUAGAAUUCCCUUGAUAAAGAAGCCUCAGACAAGGAAGAAAAUAGAAAUGAAAUUGGACACAUAAAUAGGACACCCUGCAAAGGCCAGAAGAGAAGCCCUUCUAGGAGAAGGGACGGCUAUGCUCCCAGCUGCGGUCAGCCCUUGUCUCUAGGAGAAGGGACGGCUAUGCUUCCAGCUGCGGUCAGCCCUUGUCUCUAGGAGAAGGGACGGCUAUGCUCCCAGCUGAGGUCAGCCCUUGUCUCUGGUCGCUGUCUUGCCUAUGGAUCCUGUCUUCUUUCCUGUUUUCUACGAGGCAUGACAUUCAUGGUAAAACAGGGAUGCCGUUUCCAAGAGCAGCUAUAAAACCAUCUGUUUUCUUAAAGGCAGCCACUCUGAGAAGGAGAUGAAGGAACAUGGCAGGGUUCAUCAAUUCACAGACUGUUUCCAGAAUAAUUUUUAAACUUUUCCACUAGGCAUCUGUGUCUUUAACCACUGCACAAUGCAUUGCCUGUUUAAUAAAAGGUUUCAAACAUG